AUGGCAGAGGACGGGGAAGCAGAGGAGGGACGAGUGGAGGUGGGGGUGAAGGAAGGAAUAUCAUCAAUAGCUUUGUUACCAUGUGGGUCGAUUUCUGGACAUUUCAUUCAGCUUCCUGGCUCCAUUUGCUAUGGCCUUCAAUUGCAUGAGGUAGCUUGUGAAAGGGAGUGCAGCAGGGGUGAGGAUUAUCGCCUCAUCAAGCUUACCAUCAUUGACUACAAUAGCAAGAAAGAACAAGAUGUCAUGGUUGAAUGUAGAGGUCAUGAUGCUGCUCGGUUAUCUAACAUCGACCAUGCUCAAGGGUAUUGGAGAAACUUGAUUCCUUGCCAAAUUCCUAGCAUCAAACAGCACGUUAAAAAAAUCACAAGCUUUUAUUUUAUAAUGAUUUGUUUUUUUUACCCAUAA